AUGGUCUCGGCCUGGCUGGAGUGCCCGCCGGGCAGGGGACUGCCGUGGCAGGAGCUCCAGCUGACGUCAGAGCCGGAGCUGGGGCUCGGCGGCGAGGCCGGUCCGGGGCCGGGGGCCGAGGACCAGGUCGGGCAGAGCCGGCGGGGGCUGGGGCGGGGAGCGCCGAAUGACCGGCAGAGCCCGGCCUCAGUUUCCCCGCCCACGCAGUGGGUGCGUGCGUGGCCUGGGGGUGCGCCGGCGCGCCCCGGAAGUCGGGGACGGCCGAGGUCGUCGACUUUCCGCCCCCUCCCCAUCUCCGCGCUCCGGCCUUGGCCUGGGCCUUGGCCGGCGCUCCCGGUCAGCGCGCCACUGCCCUCUAGGGGCCGCCGGCAGCAGCGCCGGGCCGCUGGGGCGGGAGACUCGGCUCCGCGCUGUCUUCCUCCCACAGCUCCCAGCCCCAGCCCUUCCCGCUCCUCCGCUCCUGCCCCCCGACCUCCCCUCCGUCUCCGCGUCUCCCGCAGCCCUCGGGGGGAGAGGGGGCGCCACUCUCGGUGGGGGACGGCUGCCCGGGUGCUGGCGCCCUCCUCCUGCCCCCCCUGCCUCCCGGGUCCCUCCGCUGCGCCCCCUCCACGCGGCGUCCCGGAGUCCGGGCGGCCUGUCUGCGUGAGCGGGAGUCCCUCGGGGAGAGAGAGCAGCGCGUGGCUAGAAGGCUUCCAGACUCGUUCCCAGGGAUUCUUGGAGCCCACUGAGACCCAGCACUGUUCCAGGCACGGGGCAAUUGGAGGAUCCAGAAGCUAGUGAAACUGGUUUCUCUGAUACCUACUCCGGGACAGUGAGUAGACUUGCUUCUCUGCUAAUUUUAAUUUUCCUCUCAAAAUAUGCAAAAUAGAUAAACCUUCGCUAGACCACUGUUUGUUUCUCCCUUCUUUCUCUCUUAUGAUAUUAAUUGACUGAUCCAUCCAGCUUCAUCGAGGUAUAAGUAACCAAUAAAAUUGGUAUAUAUUUGGAGUUUCCAUCGUGGCUCGGUGGUUAACGAAUCUAACUAGGAAU